AUGACUGAAUUUGGCUUGAGAGACAAAAAGAAAUUCUACUGCUUGACAGUAACAGUGUCAGGAUCAUUAGCUUCCAUCACAGGUAACAGACUGAUGGGCACAGUUAUCCAGAUGGUUGUAUUACCAGUUUUGUUCCUGUUGGGGUCACUGCUUCUCUGUACUCAAGUCGAGGCCCAAUCCCCCAACAUCUUAAUCUUGAAACAGGCGGCACUUGCGUGGCAGGGGCCACUGACUUGUGAACAAUCGGACUGCAAUUGCACUUUCACUGAACAGCGCGGCUGCUGCUGUGCAGCCAGCGACUUGUUCCAAAUAGAAGAUGAGGUCUUACAAAAGUUGGCAUAUUCAUGGAAUGGCAUCACCACGCUAAAAAGCAGAGUACAGGCCCUCACAGAUGGCAUCAAAGUUGCCUUCAAGGCCACCAUGGACCCAAGCAUUGCCAUUGCAACGCCUGGAACUACUGAACGUUGCUUUGGUCCAUUCAACACUAAUAUAGCAGUCCCUUUCUCCUCUGUCACUCUUAACACUGGCAAUGGCUAUAACCCAUCCUUAGGUAUCUUCACUGCCCCCAAUCCUGGAGUUUAUGUCUUUUCUUUCACAGCCUACUCAUCUGCAUUAGAGACUGGACGCCUCUAUCAUAAAGUCCAGCUCAUGAAGAACGGGAAGCACGGGGCCGCUGUGUGGGAGAACAAUCGAGAGGAUACUGAGGACAGCGCCACUCAGGUUGUGGUGCUGGAGAUGCAGAGGGGUGAUCAGGUCUACCUUGAGCUGAUGUCUGGGAGGAAACUCUGUACAAAUCUGCAGGACAGUAUCUUCACUGGGUACAUGCUGUACCCCUACAUUGCUGCCUAA